UAUAUGUCACCAUAAGCAAGUCAUGAUACAAUGCUUUCAAUUGCUAAGUAGUAGGCCAAGAUGAAUUAUAGCAGAGAGAGAAAUUUCUUGAAUCUCUUCUUGAUCUUCAAAUUAGUUGGGAGGCAAACCAUGUGAUUGUUUAUGAAAUGUGUCUUUCAGGGGACCACAUUGCAAUUUCCACCCAAUCCAAUCGACGGUAUGGUGAAAGUUUUUGCCAUGUAUAUGUAUGAGUAGCAAGGAUAGCAACCCAGAGCCAAACUUGCUUUGAUUUCCAGUCUUCCAAAUUCAAACAUCCCAAGGAGUUCUUGAUCAAGAAUUUGAUAAUGGGUAUUCGCUUGCCAAGGAUCGUGAAUGCUAAACAAAUUGUAAGGAGGAUUCUCUUGUCACAGGAAAGUACUGCUAAUGUUCCAAAAGGCCACUUUGCUGUCUAUGUUGGAGGAAAUCAAAAGAAGAGAUUCACUGUUCCAAUAUCAUACUUGAAGCAUCCUUCCUUUCAGAACUUGCUGAGUCAAGCUGAAGAAGAGUUUGGAUUUAAUCAUCCACUGGGUGGUCUUACAAUUCCAUGCUGUGAGCAAGCCUUCACUGAUCUCAUUUUCAGUUUGUAGGCAUCAUCAGAGUCAGAGAUGAUAUGAAUUGAUUAUCAUCCUAUAGGACUAGUUUGCUCUAACUUACUAACCUAUCUACCAAUCUUGGAUUUAGAAAUGGAAGUAAAUAUAUUUUUUCUUUUAUUGUUA